CGCCGCUGCCGCCGCCAUGGUGCGCUUCAAGAACAGGUACGUGCUCUGCGAGGUGGUCUCGGAGGACCCGCGCUGCCGGCAGUGCAUCGAGGACCGCGCGCUGGGCCUCGCCGUCAGAGACGCCAUCUCACGGGUGCACGGGGACUACGGCCUGGCGUGCUGCUCUAUCUCCUUCACAGUGAAGUACCUGAACGCCUACACCGGGACGGUGCUGCUGCGGUGCCGCAAGGACUCGUACCGGCUGCUGUGCUCCGCGCUGCCCUUCGUGCGCUACCUGGAGAGCCGCGCCCAGCGCUACCCCUGCUUCCUCAACACCCUGCACGUCGGAGGUACCAUAAGAACAUGUCAGAAAUUUCUGAUUCAGUAUAACAGAGCACAACUGCUGAGGUUGUUGCAAAAGUGUACAAAUGAAGAGGAAAGACAGUGUGUACAGAAGUCCUUGUUGAGCUGUUCCCUCACAGAAGAGCAGUCUCAAAGUGGAGAUGAGGAGGAGGAUGAUGGCACAGAGACAGACUGAAUGUCACUUGUUACAAUUCACCUCCAUUAUGUACUUGUUUAAUCAAAAUGUGACUGGUUAUCUUCAGUGUUGAGCAGUGCAAGGGACAGAAAGAGCACUUGUUCAUAUUUAGACUUCAUUCCCCAUUCCAAAUGUUCUUAAAUUUUUAAAAAAUAAAACAUGAUUUCACUUAAGUAGGUUACUUGCCUAUUUCACUCCCAGAGUCAAAACCACUUGCACUCCUGAGGAGACUGUAGCAUCUCAAUGUACUCUUCAUGCUGAGGUAGAAGGGAGCUUUAGGCAGUUGGCACAGACAAGGAAUGUAGUUAUUCUCUUUCAGCAUACAAAAAGCAUUAGCAACUGCUUUUUACCUCAUCUUAAAUGCACUGUUAGCCAC